AUGACCGUCGCUCAAAAUAACUCAAAAUGCACCUUGAAUCAUACCACAAAUACCAAUGGCUUACAGGGUAUCGUCCCAGAAAGAUCAGCCCCAACCGGUGUCUCCGUCUUGAUCGUGGGUGCCGGUGUAGCAGGCCUAAUGGCCAGUCUAGAAUGCUGGCGCAAGGGACAGGAACUUAACAAAGUACCAGGAGACAGCUUCACCAUCGGACCAACUGCCAUCCGUGCCGUACAACAAUGGCCAGACAUGGCAGUGGAGAACGAGAAAAUAGCAGACAGUCCAUGGAUCUCAUGGCACAAACUCAACGGCGAGAAAAUCUCUGGUCCUGAGCCUCUCAGGUUCAACCCUACUGUGAGCAGCAGUGGUAAAGAUGAAGCUCCACAGCGAGUAUACCGACAUAGUCGUCCUGCUUUCCACAAGAUGUUAUCGGAUCAAGCUGAAAGGAUUGGAAUCUUUGUGGAAUACGGUAAGAGAGUCACCGGAUACUACGAGUCUGGCGACAAAGCUGGUGUCACCCUGAAAGAUGGAGAGAAGAUCGAGUCUGAUCUUGUAAUUUCUUCUGAUGGGGUUGGAAGCAAAUCAUCAAUGGUCACCAUGGGUCGAGAGAUGAGGGCUCGUUCUUCUGGGUUGGCGAUGUACAGAGCUGCCUAUCCUGUUGAAUUAGCAAUGGUAGAUCCUAUGGUCCAAGAGCGAUUCCAGCUGCUGGAGGAUGGGACAUCGGUGGGGGAGCUGUGGAUGGGAACUGGAAUGCACGUCUUAUUUGCACGAAGUGAAGACACCAUGACCUGGGCAAUGACUUACGCAGACAACAGGGACGAAACAGAGUCCUGGUCAAAGCUCACAGACCCCGAAACCGUGCUUAAAGUGACAGCUACUAUCCCCGGAUGGCCUGAAGUCGCAAAUCGAGUGAUCAAGCGCACGCCCCUUGACCGUCUGCACGAUUUCAAACUAAUGUGGCGAGAGCCACAGCCCUGCUGGGUCUCGCCUAACGGACGUGUCGUGCAGAUUGGCGAUGCAGCGCAUACUUUCCUUCCUUCUUCUGGUAGCGGUGCUACACAGGCAAUGGAAGACGCCGUGUCAAUUGCUACAUGUUUGGGGAUUGCCGGGAAAGAUAAUGUUACCUGGGCUUCCAAGGUUCAUAAUAAGCUAAGAUUCGAGCGAGUUGCAUGCCUGCAGAAACUAGGCAUUUUUAAUCAAGAGUCCCGGCACCGAUCUGUCAACUCCGGCAAUCUAUCACAAUCGAAAUCUAAGGGUUUACUCGCUGCUUGGAUCUGGAGACAUGACCCGGAACGCUACGCAGUCGAAAACUACGUGAAAGUGCUAGCGCAUUUGGUUGAUGGUAUGCCAUUCUCUAAUACCAACACUCCACCAGGGCAUGUCUAUAAACCAUGGACAAUCGAUGAACUCCUAAGCGCCAAAGAGCGAGGCGAAGAGAUUGAACUUGAUGGAGACUGGGAUUAA